CGCGUCCCGUGCGGCCGCCAUGUUGUUGUGGCAGUGAGAGGCGGCGGAGGAGGCGACCCCGGCCCAGGCAGGAGGCCGCGCCCCGGGACGGGGGGUGUGGAGGGGGGGGGGCUCCGCGCCAUGCCCUGCCCCGCGUCUUGUUCUUUUGAUGGGAUCUGAGCAGAUGUUGUUCUUCUCUGGUGAUGGAGUCUUUAUGAAGGAGUGCUUGUAGAUAACUUCAGGGGAGGAGACUGACAUCUGAUAUCUGCAUUGCUUCAGCCGUUACUGAUCACAGUGGUUCUGGAAGAUGAAAAAAGUGCUUUCUUUCAUAGUACAGGAAAUACUGUGAACUUUGCCAAUGUGAAGUAUCAGAAGAGUAUCGUUUGAAACUUUCUGGGACAAAGAAGACUUUUAUUAUCUAUCAUUCUUUGGUCCAUGUUUCUCUGAUAAUUGUGCCUGAAGUUGAAGGAGUUUUCUGAAAUAGCAAGAUUUUAAUAGUACGUGAAGAAGAGCCUCAAAGUAUUGUGAGUAAAGACGAGGAUUUCUCCUCCUAUCCAGGGCCUGUCAUGGAUGAAGAGACUCAGCACAGCCUUGAAUGCAUCCAAGCUAAUCAGAUUUUUCCCAGGAAGCAGCUGAUCCGAGAGGAUGAGAACCUGCAGGUCCCGUUCAUUGAACUUCAUGGUGAGAGUACAGAGUAUGUAGGACGAGCAGAGGAUGCCAUCAUUGCCCUUUCUAAUUACAGGCUUCACAUCAAAUUCAAGGAGUCUGUUGUGAAUGUUCCACUGCAGCUUAUAGAAAGUGUUGAGUGCCGUGAUAUAUUUCAACUUCACUUGACUUGCAAAGACUGCAAGGUUAUAAGGUGUCAGUUUUCUACUUUUGAGCAGUGUCAAGACUGGCUUAAGCGACUGAACAAUGCCAUCCGCCCUCCUUCGAAGAUAGAAGACCUCUUCUCAUUCGCCUAUCAUGCUUGGUGUAUGGAGGUAUAUGCUAGUGAAAAGGAACAGCAUGGGGAUUUGUGUCGGCCAGGAGAACAUGUAACUUCAAGGUUUAAAAAUGAAGUGGAGCGGAUGGGUUUUGAUAUGAACAAUGCCUGGAGGAUUUCCAACAUCAAUGAGAAAUACAAGCUGUGUGGUAGUUACCCCCAGGAAAUCAUAGUUCCUGCCUGGAUCACAGAUAAAGAGCUGGAGAGCGUGGCAAGCUUUCGGUCCUGGAAGCGUAUCCCUGCUGUUGUGUACAGACACCAGAGUAAUGGAGCAGUUAUUUCCCGCUGUGGACAGCCCGAGGUCAGUUGGUGGGGCUGGAGGAAUGCAGAUGAUGAACACCUUGUCCAGUCUGUCGCCAAAGCCUGCGCCUCAGAUUCGAGGUCCAACAGUAACAAAUUAAUGAACGGAAAUUGUUCCAGAGAUUUUUCCAAUGGAGGCGACCUCUCUGAUGUGGAAUUUGAUUCAUCAAUCUCUAAUGCUUCGGGAGCGGAGAGUUUGGCAAUACAGCCUCAGAAGCUUUUGAUCUUAGACGCAAGAUCUUACGCAGCAGCUGUGGCAAACAGAGCCAAAGGCGGAGGCUGUGAGUGCCCAGAAUAUUACCCAAACUGUGAAGUAGUGUUCAUGGGAAUGGCAAACAUUCAUUCUAUCCGGAAGAGCUUUCAGUCACUGCGUUUGCUCUGCACACAAAUGCCAGAUCCAGGAAAUUGGUUAUCAGCUCUGGAAAGUACCAAAUGGCUGCAGCACUUAUCUGUGCUUCUGAAAUCUGCGCUACUCGUAGUUCAUGCUGUGGACCGAGACCAGCGACCAGUCCUGGUUCACUGCUCAGAUGGCUGGGACCGAACCCCCCAGAUCGUGGCGCUGGCCAAACUGCUGCUAGAUCCGUAUUACAGGACCACAGAGGGUUUCCAGGUGCUAGUGGAGACGGAGUGGCUGGAUUUUGGCCACAAGUUUGCAGAUCGCUGUGGCCAUGGUGAGAAUUCGGAUGACCUAAAUGAGCGCUGCCCAGUGUUUUUACAGUGGCUGGACUGCGUCCAUCAGCUCCAGAGGCAGUUCCCUUGCUCUUUCGAGUUUAACGAAGCAUUCCUUGUCAAAUUGGUGCAGCACACCUACUCUUGCCUCUUUGGUACAUUCCUGUGCAACAAUGCGAAAGAGAGAGGAGAAAAACACACUCAGGAACGGACCUGUUCUGUCUGGUCUUUGCUGCGGGCAGCAAACAAAGCCUUCAAAAACCUGCUCUACUCCUCCCAGUCCGAAUCUGUGCUGUAUCCAGUGUGCCAUGUGCGUAAUUUAAUGCUCUGGAGUGCUGUUUACCUGCCAUGCUCUUCCCCCUCUACGCCUGCUGAUGACACCUGUGCCCCAUACCCUGUUCCAGGCUCUAGCCCUGAAGAUCAGCCUCUGGGCAGGUUACCAAAGACAAGAUCAUUUGACAAUCUGACAACAGCCUGUGAUAGCAGCAUGCCUACAACCAAUCGACGUAGCAGUGACCCCAGCCUCAAUGAGAAGUGGCAAGAGCACCGUCGGUCCCUGGAGCUGAGCAGCCUCGGUAACCCUGGGGACGACCCGUUUGAUGGAGACAGCCUGAGUAAACAAGGCAGGGCUCCGGUCGGAGCGGAACUCUCUGUUGCAUCUGGUGUGGCAGAGGGACAGAUGGAGAACAUUUUGCAAGAGGCCACUAAGGACGAUGUUGGUCUGGAGGAGCACUUAAGGGGUAGCCUAGAGACAGCGGGCAGAGGGGAUGAGAUUGCCCUGGAUAAGGAGAAGAGAACUGAAAAUCUACAUGGUUAUGUCAGUGACCUCUGUGAAAAGGCCGAGGCAGAUAAAGGUAUUGCAGUGAACAAUCCAACAUCCAAUCCACAUCCAGUUUCACAAGGUGCUUCUGAGCUUAAAGGACACCAGGAUGAGCAUACUGAUCUCAGUAACGCUAUCCAGAAGUUACCUCAGGUGAAAGGACUACAGACUGCUCCUUUGGAGGGCUUUGUAAAUAGAGAUGUUCAAAAGAAUACGGAGGAAGAAGGUGUUAGCAAACUUGAAGGAGAAGCGGAGAGCCUGGACAAUACAGCGCAGGCCAGCCUUCCAUUACCUCUUACAAUCCCACAUGAGGCAGGGACAUCCAACAUUGAAAGUUCUACAGAAACCUUAACGGAGAAUGAAGUGAAGCAAGAGCUCAUUCCGAAGGGUCCCUGCCACAGACCUCACCUGAUCAACAGCAGUGCUGACGAACUUUCUCGAACUAUUGAAAACAGGCCAGAGGGGGAGAGCAUGCUAGAACUUCAAAAACUGGGAACAAAAGUGCAUAGGACUUCUGGUAGCAGCAACACACACAUCCCGAUGCCUUCCCCUUGUGCCUUGCCUUUAGCUGAAUGUAAAGACGAGAUCGUGUGCAAUGGAGAGCUGGAGCCUGAGAACAAGAUGACAGAGAAGCCUGCGGGAUUUAAUAUCACCCAGAAAUACCACGUGACAAACGGACACUGUGUGAACGGAGAGGACGGUCGGAUCAAAGCGUCUCUGAGUCGGCAGGUCUCGGCAGCUAGCUGUAGUUCCGCCCAGUUUCAUCUGAGGAACUUGCACCAGAAAUGGAUGCUUAGUCAUCUUGGUAAGCAGCAGGCAGCCAGCAGCCCAGACCAACCUGCCAGAAGUCACCUGGACGAUGACGGGAUGCCUGUCUACACUGACGUCAUCCAGCAGCGCCUGCGCCAGAUAGAAACUGGCCAUCAGCAAGAAGUGGAGACGUUGAAGAAGCAAGUGCAAGAGUUGAAGAGCCGGUUGGAGAGCCAAUUCCUGAAUAGCUCCUUACGUCUCAAUGGUGAUUAUGGAGAUGAAGUGACUUCUAUACCCGACUCGGAAAGCAAUCUGGAUCAGAACUGCUUGUCUCGCUGCAGCACAGAGAUUUUCUCUGAAGCCAGCUGGGAACAGGUGGAUAAACAGGACACAGAGGUGACACGAUGGCUCCCGGACCACCUCGCUGCGCACUGCUACGGCUGUGACAGUACGUUCUGGCUUGCCAGUAGGAAGCACCACUGCAGGAAUUGUGGAAACGUGUUCUGCUCCAGCUGCUGUAACCAGAAGGUGCCCGUUCCCAGUCAGCAGCUCUUUGAACCCAGCCGAGUCUGCAAAUCGUGCUACAGCAGCUUGCACCCCAGCAGUUCCAGCCUCGAUCUCGAACUGGAUAAACCCAUCACUGCCACGUCAAAUUAAAGCUCCAGCCUCGAAGCGGCGGGGGAGCAGCCGGGCCGACUCUUCCCCGACAGACGCGCAGAUUCUCGGUGGGCCGAGGCUGGGAGGCUGCGGGGGCCGUGCGCUUUGGAGGUUGGGGUGUGGAACACUGCUCGGCGGGACAGGCCUGGAGGACACCGCUGGACCGUGGGAUUCUCCUUCUCCAGCCCUUCCCCUUUCCUUUCUGUCCGAUCUGUGUGUAUGUGUCUGUGUGUGUGCGCGCGCGUGUGUGCGUAUAUAUAUAUAUAAUAAUAUAUACAUGUUUGUUUGUUUGCUGGAAGGUCGUGGAAGUGGGAAGGGAGCUGGCACCAAACCAGAUUUCCCUUUUGUGUUUAACUGUCCCACCGCUGAACUGUCGCAAACAGACGCUUUUGUGGAGGAAAGAAGAGGGGAAUCAGUCCCGCCAGUGUGCAAAGCGUGAACACCCGUAGCGUCAGCGCUAGUGCUUUCAAUCACUCCUGUUCCUUCCAAACAAGAAACUGCUGUUUGGGAACCUGUUGCUGCUAGAAGAAACGGGAACCUCUUUCCCAAGAGAGCACUCUCCCUCUCUGUUCUCAGAGUGGGCUUAGUUACCCUCGCCGCGUGGAGGGGGAGGGCGGGUCCCGCAUUGCCACCCGCAGUCGGUGCGUGGUGCUGCCGUCGGCCCCGCCGGCUGAGGAGAGCGCGCGCUUGUUUGCCAGAGGCAAGGAGGGCAUCGAGCAGGCUGCGGGCUGAGGCGGGUCUUACGCUGGCGCCUCUCCCCGAAGCUCUGUAAACGUAACUUAAAACCCAGUGGGAAAGUAGAAGACCUUCAACUUUUCUCCUUGCCCCCCCCCCCCCGCCUGUAGGAUGGUUUACUCGAUGCGAAGCUACUUUUGGAGCGGUGCACUCGUCAUGGUUCCUACAGACAGGCCGUUGUGCUGUUGUUCAGACUCGCACUUUAAUGGGACUGUCCAAACCAGCGGAAGAACAACUGUGAUACGCGGGUGUUUUCGCUGGGCUCGGUCCAUGAGGAGUGCACUGGUGCCUGUAACACUCGUGGGAUGUCUCCUCCUUUUUCGGUCUGUAUUCAGAAUACUCCAGAUAGGAAAAAUCCUGAGGAUUUUGUAAAGACCUGAAAUACAUCCUGGAUUCCCCUUCUUCCUUCUGUCCCAAUCCGAGUCGCUUUUAAAGUCACCUCAUUAAAGUGUGAAGCUAUUGAAUAUAUGUUUUUAAAUGAGUGUUAGGUACUCAUCCCCUUCUCCUUUUGAUAGAGCCUGCUUAGUGCAGUUUGGCAAGGAAGAAACGUAGAUCCUGCUUCGCAGCGUAUUACCCAGAGGAGGUUCCAACUUCUCUUGUGAUAUUCUCAACAAUCCUGCUGGAGCCUUUGAGAGUUCUAGCUCCAAAGGCUCGAAAUCUAAGAGGCCUUGGGAAAGGAGUGCUUCCCUUCCCUGGAAUGUCGGAAUUGCAUAAUCCAAAGCGAGUAUCACACAGAGAAAACCAGCUCAGAAUAUUUGUUGGGUCUGAUGGGGAAAUGUCAAGGUGUUUUAUUUUUGACUUUGAACUUCCCCCACCCUUUGCAAGGAUCGUCACACUGCUGCGGCGUAAGCUGGAGAUUCACAAGACAAAAAUGAAUGUGCAGGAGGCUGGUUGAGCAUAGCAGCCUGUGUCCUCACGGGAGGGGGCAUCUCGGGAUCUCCCCUUGGAUGGGUGUUGAAACGUUUCUCCAAACCAUCGGGAGGGAAGAGCAAAG